CUCUACAAUCGAGUCUAACUGAAAAGCGCAAACAUGGCGUCCGUAGGCUCUCCGUUGCGUGUGUGUCGCGGAAUUCUAAAGGAGCUCCGAGCUCAAUGUGGUCAUAAAUAUCAACAAAGCAUGGCGUACAGAUACAUGAUGGAGCAGUUCCGGAAGAACCAGGUGACUAGCGAGAAGCUGUGCCGUGCACAACAAGAGUUACUUCACCAAGCUGCCACCUACUUGUGUCUGCUGAGAAGUACCAGAAUGCAUCUGGCACUACAUGAAGAAUAUCAUGGCAAAGGCGAGUCCAAACCUGAAGAUGUUGCAAAGUUGGUGGGACUGCGCUUGCCCCAGCAGCCAGGGGGCAAAGGCUGGGAAAACUAGCAGUCCAAAACUUGCUCUUUGUGGAAGAGUCACUAAGACAUUAAGAAACUGAAAAAUCAUCUUUUUUUCCUAGAAAUACUGAGUCAAGAGCAAAAAAAUGAUAUACAUACAACUUCAAAGUGAAAUAAAAUACUUUCUCCAAAUGUGUACUAAAUAAAGUAAGGUUUGUUCAAAAAAUGAAAUAACGAUAAAUCUUUAUUUUAUGAAGCAGUAUUUCUGUUGCUGAAAAUCUGACACUAUUGCUUUCUGUUUGCAAAUACGAGAUAGUGAACAUUUAAUUGCAAUUGUUUUCGAAAGCUUUUGGCAGAAUUUACAUGUCUACCUUGUGAAAGUAUCCAAAUCAUUGUACUUAAUGGUGGUCACAUGCUUUUUCACUGUAGUUUAAUUGCAGGGCCACUAUGUCCUGUACAUUUUGGGUGAAGCAGUAUGAUUAUACACAAGCUUUUAUAUCAAAUCAAAUUAACUAUGUAAAUGAAGUGUGAUUCUUCUUUAAACUAGUCUGAAAGGAUUCCAGUGCACAUGGAAUAAGAUGCACAUUGUGGUAAAUCUUACAAUAAGGCUGUUAAAAAGAUGUGCGUCUGUCCUAAAGAGACGUAUAUGUCACUGAUGGUAUGAACAAAGUAUGGAGAGGAGUAUUAUUUGUUAUUGUUACAUUGAAAGUAUGUAAAAGUAUGUUCAAUCAGUAGUCAAUUGUUACUGUACAAUUAGAUGACCAGUUCCUGCCUAUUGGUGAUCCUGUUGCAAGAUUCAUAACUUGUUUGGUCUUCAGAUGUAUGAACACUGGUGUGAAGUACAGUACAUGUGCAACCCUCUAGGUGGAAUCCUGAAUAAAAUUUCAGUGAUUGGAGUUAUAAGCCUGACUGAGUUCUUUUCUGAGGCUGCAAUUUGAGUAUUUUAUCCAGUAUAUGAUUGACUUAACAAGUUGAAUUGCAGCCACAUAUUUAUUAUUUUAUCUUAUAGAAAUGCAUGUAGUUGUAUUUCAUUGCAGUUUUUCAUUCUAUGUUUUUUAUUUCUCCAGGAGAGUGUCUGUGUACUUUGUGAGUUGCUAUUUAAAUGUUAUGCAAGUCCUGACACUGCUUUUUUGUGAUUGUUAAAAAAAA